AUAUUUGAUCCUCUUGCUGGGUACAUAUGCAAAUAGGGUUUUUGCUUCCUCCAUUCCCAAUCUCAAAAGUUUGAAACAUCAAGUGGUCUUUUGAAGUCUUCUCUGAUCAUUCUGACGAUGGCUGAACAAAUUCCAUUUGCUGUUACUUCAAAUCUCAUUCACAGGUUGGCCUCUGCUGAUUUUAUUGAAUUUGGAGAAAAAUAUGAUGUGAAGGAAGAGUUGAAAGAGCUUAAGAAGACAAUUGAAUCUAUCAAUGAUGUGCUCCUUGAUGCUGACCUCAAACAAGAUCAAGUUCGUGUGCGAAAUUGGAUAAUGCACUUCAAAGAAGUACUUCAUUGCGCAGAUGACUUGUUGGAUGACCUUGCUAUCGAAUUUAUGCAACACAAAUUGGAUGCAGGACAUGGAAAACAAGAAAACAAGGUACUUUAUUCCUUUUCAUCUUCAAAUCGAAUUGAUUUUCCCAUUCAAAUGGCUGAAGAAAUUAAAAAAACACGAGAAAGUUUUGAUGCUGUAGUAAAAGGCAUGUAUAAAUUGAAUUUAUGCCCAAGAUCUAUUGUGGUCAAGCAAACUGAUAGUGGAUGGAGGGAAACAUGUUCUUUUGUGUUAGAGACAGAUAUCAUUGGAAGAGAUGACACUAAAAAGGAGAUUAUUAGUCUGUUGAGACAUCAUCAUGAAAACCAAAAAGUUUCUGUGAUUGCCAUUGUUGGCCUUGGUGGUCUGGGGAAGACAGCUCUUGCACAAUUGGUGUAUAAUGACUUGGAAGUGCAGAAUUCUUUUGAAAGGAAAAUGUGGGUGUGUGUCUCUGAUAACUUUGAUGUCAAAAAUAUUCUGAAGAAAAUAUUAGAAUCAAUUACUGAUAGCCAAAGACAAGACCAAUCGUUAGAGAAGUUGCAAAGAGAGCUUCAUAAAAAUUUAAGCGGUAAGAAAUAUUUGUUGGUCCUGGAUGACAUUUGGAAUGAGAGGCAUGACAAAUGGGCUGAGGUGAGAAAGUACUUGAUGUGUGGUGCUCAGGAUAGCAAGAUUUUAGUGACAACUCGAAGUGAAAAUGUAGCAAAGACAAUGAGUUGUAGCACGUCCUAUCCUUUGAGAGGUUUGACUGAUGAGGCAUCUUGGAGUUUGUUGAAGAACAUUGCAUUUGAGGAUGAUUCCAAAGGAGUGAAUCAAAAUCUAGAAUCAACGGGGAAAGAAAUAGCCAAAAAAUGUAAAGGGGUUCCACUGGCAGUUAAAGCGCUGGGAGGCCUGUUACAAGGACAAAAUGAACAAAGUGAAUGGGAGAAGGUUUUACGUGGUGACUUCUGGAAAUUAUGUGAAGAGCAAACUAGUAUCAUGCCAAUUCUAAAACUCAGUUACGAAAACUUGUCCCCAAAAAUGAGACAAUGUUUUGCUUAUUGCUCUUUAUAUCCCAAAGAUUCAAGAAUUUCAAAGAAUGAGUUGAUUCAGUUAUGGAUGGCACAGGGUUACCUUAUAUGUUCAACUAAAGAGCAGCACGUGGAAGAUAUUGGUAACCAAUUUGUAAAGAUUUUUUUGGUGAACUCAAUUUUUCAAGAUGCACUGAGUGAUGAAUAUGGUGAGAUUAUUAGUUUCCAAAUGCACGAUUUAAUGCAUGAUCUUGCACUACUUGUUGCUGGCAAUGAUUGCUGUUACUUGGAUAGUAAGGCGGAAAAAGUUGAAGGCAGUCCCGUGCACGUAUCACUGGAAUCUUAUAAGACCAUUCAUUUGUUGAAAUCAUUAGACCCGAGCAGACUGCGAACUUUGAUUUUGCCAAAUGUCUUUCACAAAGAAGAAUACUUGUCGGUUAUUACGAACUUCAAAUACUUACGUGUCCUGAAGAUGCAGACAUUUUGGGCUUUUGAUCUCUCGGAUUCCAUUGAAAAUUUGAAGCAUUUAAGAUACCUUGCUUUGGGAAAACGAACAAGUGUUCCCAGAUCUAUGAGCAAUCUUAUUUUCCUACAAACAUUAAAAUUGUGGAAUUGCAAAGAAGAAUCAUUUUCCGAAGUGGUCACAAAAUUAGUCAAUCUGAGAUGGCUUGAGGUUCAUGAUUAUGACUCAUUGAGUGAGAUGGCAGUUGGGUGGGGAAAAUUAUCUUCGUUGCAAUUCUUACCCAUCUUUGUCGUGAGAGAUAGCCAAGAAACAGUAAGUGGCACACUAAAUGAAUUGAAGGACUUAAACCUAAGAGGCAAAUUAGAAAUUAAGCAUCUCCGUCGUGUUAGAGACGUGGCUCUGGAAUCACUUGAUGUAAAUUUAAAAGGAAAACAGUUUCUUCAGUCCUUGACACUACAUUGGAGUUCCCCUGAUGAUGACUUCUGUGACGGUGAAGACAACCGUAACAGUGACAGCUUCCAAUUGUUAGAAAACCUUCAGCCUCAUCUUAAUCUAAAACAAUUGAAGGUGAUUUAUUAUCCAGGCGUGCAUUUCCCAACUUGGCUUUCUCUUCUCACAAAUGUUGUUCACAUCACUCUCGUUGAGUUUGAUAAUUGUCGCUGUCUCCCACCGUUGGAACGUCUCCCGUCACUGAAGUCACUUGAGAUAGAAAGUCUUGAAGAAUUGGAAUACAUAGAUCUUGAUGAAGAUGAUUGUGCAGUAACCUUCUUCCCCUCUUUGGAGAGCCUCAAAUUAGAGUUUUGCUCUAAUCUCAGGGGAUGGCGGAGGCGGGGAGUUGAUAUAAAUGAGAAUUCACAUAAUCUCUCCUUACCUCUUUCAUUUCCUCGUCUUUCUCAUCUAGAUGUCUCUCUCUGUCCAAAUUUGACUUGCAUGCCAACUUUUCCAAAAGUUAAGGAUUUAGAGUGGCUUAGAUCAAGUGCAGAGCCAUUAAUAGCAACACUAAACUCAACAGUGUCAACAUGUUCAGCUGACUCAUCUUCGUCAGCUGCUCCUCUUUCUAUGCUCGAAGGAUUUAGGAUUUCUGAUCCUACCAAGUUACCAAAGGGUUGGAUGCAAAAUCUGACUUCUCUCGAGUCUCUUGAAAUUAGAUGGUAUGAAAAUGCAACACUCAAGGAAUUUGGGACUGGGUUUAAGGACGACACCAACUGCCUUCCUUCUCUACGACAAAUUUCAUUCUAUGAGUGUAAAAACCUAAAGGCUUUGCCAGAUUGGAUUUGCAACCUCUCAUCGGUUCACCAUAUCAAGAUCUCAUACUGCCGAGAAUUGGCAUCGCUGCCCGAAGGAAUGAGUCGUCUUACCAACUUAAAGAUCUUUGAGGUUAUGAGUUGCCCCCUCUUACUUAAAGAAUGCCGAAGAGAGAAAAGUGCUGUUAGUAGCCAAAUCGCACACAUCCCACAAAUUAUCCUUCUUGAUUCCAUCAAAAAGAGAUAGUUAGAGAUAAAGAGUAGACAUAUUUGAGUUUACGAGCAUUAUGUUGGCCAGCAUAAUGGAGCAACUUCUUUCUGGAAAAAGUCAUAAGAACUUAAUUUCUUCCUUAGUGUUUGUGCGAUGCCAAGUUGGAUCCUCAUAUUUUAAAAAUGCCAUGAGUUUAUAGUUUUCAAGAUAAUAGAUAGAAAAUAUUUGUGUGAGUAUAGUAUUUAAUCAAUUUCUUUUGCACAGUAAUAACAUAUUUCUUUAAUUGGUAACUUUUUUAAUCCAUAUGUUCAAUAUGUAUGCCAUGUUCUAUAACAUGUACUUAGUUGUUAAAAAGGUAUUGAUGUUCUUAAUUUUACUUGUAGCUAACUUUUGAGAGGACAUUAAUGUUCUUGGUCGUAUUGAUCACUGUGUAUCUUCUAUCUUCUAUAUAUAUAUAUGAUACCAUUACUGGCCGGGAGCCUCUU